CUUUGUUUUGUACAGAAGAAUGGCUGCCAUCUUUAGUUUUCGAUGGAUGUUUUCCGAAGAGAUCGCGAAUUCUUAUAUUUAUUCCGGUAUUUAAUAACGUAAUAAAAUUUAGGAUAGUGAAAUAACGUCGUCCACGAUGUAAAAAGUGUUUUCUCCUUGAUUAUUUAAGCUGCCUUGGUGUUAGUUCGGUUAAAAAAUGCUUGUGUUUACAUCUAAGUUUCGAGUGAGCUUCUGUAUUCCUGUCAUAUUAAGCUUAUGGUCAAUAAUCCUCAAAUAGCAGAAUCGAGGAGUACGUUAUUGAAAUCUAAGGUUAUUGAAAUAAUAAGAAAGGCAAAAGAUUCGCAUUUGUUCAAAUUUUCAUUGAACGUUAUUGAAAGGCCUUCAAAACGUCGACCCCGUCGGUGAUCAAGUUAUCCGGGGGUGGCACAAGUGGCAGCGGGGAGGAACUAUCCCCAAAACCCGGGCCACCUCCUCCACCGGUGGUAUCUACAACCGGUGAAAAAUGUAACGAAAGUAAUGAAACUAGUGUAAAUAAAAAGAAAGAUGCAGCGGUUGCAUUUGAACAACGGGGUGGUGCAGCAACAGGAGCAGGAGCAGGAGCAGGAAGAGCAGAAGCCACCAUGAGUAUUGUAUUACAAUUGGGCGCAAUGGAAAACAAUUCCAAUGAAAAAACAAAAAACGGCAGCGGCGGCGCUUCUUCUUCUUCUUCUUCUUCUUCUUCUUCGUCGUCCAUGUUAAUUGAUAGUCAAGAAUUAACGUCGCCAUUAACGAUUGUUACUACUACUACUACUACUACGGCAAAUACCUUAGUCGCAAUGAACGACGAUAAUAGCGAUAGUAAUAAUCCUCAAGUACUUCAAUGUCUUGAAGUGACAAACGUACCCAAGAUAGCAGUAACCCAUUCCUCAAUAUCGCUAUCAAGUGUCAAAUCAGUCAGUGUUUCUUAUACUGUUAAUAAAACUAAUAAAGAAACAUCUCAAAGGGUUAGCAGUUGUUCUCAAACGAAUACUACCCCAGUUUUGACGACUCGCGUGAUAUCACAAAAAUCCCCGUGUCAAGCGUUUAUAAAUCAACCCUUAACGUUAAAUGCUUCCAUAAACGUCACGCAUUUACCAGUCAACUCUCAAUCCUCGCCUAAUGUGGCACAUCCUUCUGUAGUCUAUCCUUUGCAAACAGCAACAUGUACACAGAACAAUCAACAAGCUAAAACACAAACGUCCGCCGUGACCGAUGCUAAUUCGAAAAAGCAACAAGCAGCAGCAGCAACGACGACGACGACGACGGUCGGUAAUUUGCAAACGACGACGAAUGUGCACACAAAAUUUCAACAAAUUUCGCCCCAACAGAUCCUUAAUACUGCCACUGUAAAAACUAUUACAACGGCUACGAAUAUUCCUAAUAUACAAAGGAUACAAGUAAAAGGAUCUAAUCUAAAUGGGCAACCUCAGACGGUUAACUUACAGAAAGUCAAAGCUGUCGCAAACCUCAGUAAUCCUACUAUGGUACAACGUAACACGGUAUCUAGGUUACAAGCUCUACAAAAACCUCAAGUUCUUACUGGUACUACUCAAGGAGGCCAAUUCACGGUCAAUCAAAUCUUUAACAAUGCCAACUUGCAACGGAUACAAACUGGUACUUCAUCACAAAAAGUCCAAUCUAAUAAUUCGGCGAAUUCCCCAAAAAUGUCACAGGUCUAUAAUAACCAAAAGACAACAGCAGGUCAACAAUUGGUAACCAAUCAUGCAAAUCACAAAGUACAAUAUCAGAAUAAUCAGCAGGUACAACCAACGAUACAAAAGGUCCAGGGACAGCAGCAACAAAAGUCAUUGCCUGUUCAAAGACAGAAUAAUGCUCAAAAGUCUAAUAAUUCCGCAGGCAGUGUACAGAAGGCACAAAUUAGUGGACAGAUGCAAAAUCAGUCACCACAAUUGCAGAAACAAGUACAACAAUCACAAACGUCGCAAAAUCAAAGAUCCCAAUCUGCAAUUACGUUGAACAAAUCUCAAACUUUAACGACUGUCACUUCUAAUCGAGUGCAGACCAUAACGAACGUUUGUAAGAGUAACAGUGUACCUAACAUUUCUAAGGUUCCACAUAAUUCAAAUGCUUCUGUUACGAGCAAGCAACAGCAAGGAGGAGCAUCACAAUCCCAACAAUCUAAUGUACAAACGUCGACGCAAUUGCAACCGCAAUUAUUACAAACGUCCCAGCAACAACAUGUUACACAGAAACAACAAACAGUUACCACGACACCACCACAUAUUCAAAGAAAUCAUAAUAUUACAAAUGUACAUCAGAAAGUGGCAACUAUAACCGCAAUACAGGGUAAUCAUAAAACUCAAACUAUAGUGCAUUCAAAGCAGCAGCAACAACAGCAGCAGCAGCAACAACAACAACAACAACAACAACAGCAGCAGCAACAACAACAACAACAACAAAUGGUUAUGAGAGUAGGUGUACCGAAAAAUCAAGCGCAAAAUUUGCAGCAAGGAAAUAUCAAAACUAUUCCACAAAAGAAAACAAACACCGUAAAGUCUCCGAGUUCUCAAAAUUGUGUUCAACACACCUUACACAGAAAUAAUAAUUCUCAACCGGUUAAAAUCAUACAACAGCAACAGAAUGUAAUUGGUCCACAGAAUACCCAGAAACAACCUGGUUGUAUUAAAACUAUUCCACCUCAGAAACCUGCUCAACGAAACAAUCCCCAGAUAAUAACAGGCUUUAAAAGCUCUUCAAAUAAUGUUACUACGAUAAAGAAUCAAGGAUUGAUGACGACACCGGUAUCGCAGAAAACGAGUAUAAAAACGUUACUUCCCCAACAGACUGUUAUGCAAAAUAUGUUGGUGCAUAAGAGUUCACCUAUUAAAGUUCAACAACAAACUAUACAACAGAAACAACUUAUCAUGGCGUCGCAAUAUUCACAACAAGGAGGAGGUAGAACGCAAACAGGACAAAUGAAAACUUUGCUCUCUACUACAAAUACGGAGGUACACGAAGAUUUAGAUAACAAAAUGGAAACUGAUUCAUGUAAAUUUAACGUAGAAGAGAUACAAAAAACCCCACCAAAAUCUCCAGUUAGAAGAAUGCCGUUGCCUUACGAGUGUCUUCAGUUUGUUCUACAAGAUCAUAAUUAUGGAGCACCACCACCACGAACACCACCACCACCUUCGCCACCUCCUCAUACUAAACAACAACCAAUUAAUGGUGCUGGUACUUCAACUACUACUUCUCAAUAUAUAUAUGGACAAGUUGUAAAUAAUAGCAAUAAUGUGGAAGAUGAUGCAGCUAGUGCAAUCAGUAGUGAAGCCGGACGUGAAGUAGAACCGGAAGGUGAAGAGACAGAAACUGCUGCUGAAGGUGAAGGUGAUGACGAGGACAGUGUUACUAGAUGUAUAUGUGCUUUUGAACACGAUGACGGGUACAUGAUAUGCUGCGAUCGUUGCUUAGUUUGGCAACACGUGGAUUGUAUGGGGAUUGAUCGUUCAAACAUUCCUGAUGAAUAUCUUUGUGAAAUUUGUAAACCACGACGCGUUGAUAGACAAAGGGCACGUACUUUGCAAAUGCGUAAACGCGAUGAAUUGUUAAAUUCGGAUAGUUCAUCCGACACAUCAUCGGCGAGUUCGAUAGAUACUGAUAUUGGUGUUAAUUCAACACAAAAGAAACGAUCAAUACAUCAUCAAGUUUCCAGAAGAAAAUCAGAUCCUCCACCGCAAGUAAGAAGACUGAAYAACAACAACAACAAUAAUAAUAAUAAUGUAGGAAAAAGACAAAGACGAGAUUCGAAUCCAAGACAGUCUAGUGCGGUUAGAAAGAAAGAGACUACCAAACGUGGUCCAGGUAAACGUAAGACUAAAAGAAGAGGAAGCGGGGAUGAAAAGGAAGAGGAAUUUCAAUAUGAUGCAUGGGGUGGUUCUAACAUGACUCCUCUCAGACAAUGGAUAGAAAGAUACGAAGAAGCAGUGACCAAUCAUUAUAGUCCUGAAUUAAGAGCUAGAAUAUCUAGCAUAAAGGUCAAUGGUACUCAUUGUGAUUUAAGACAAAGUAAUAUGAACGUUAUUGCCACUGGUAAAUGCAGACUCAAUGUGCACAGUAACAAUUUAAGAUUUUUGGCAGCCACAAUGUAUCUACCGCCAAACACUCCGGUUGUUGAAUUGCGUGGAAAAUAUAUGCUAAGUACGCAACAUAGACCGUCGCAUCCUCAGGGUAGACAGCAUGCUCAAAGACCAGGGCCUUUUGUAUUCUUUUAUCGGUUGCCACGAGAUGGUACUGAAGUAUGCGUAGAUACUAGAACAUAUGGAAACGAUGCAAGAUUCGUGAGGCGUAGCUGUAAACCUAAUGCAGAAAUAAAACAUUGUAUAGAAAAAGGAACAUUGCAUUUGUAUAUUGUCACAAGUAUGGCAAUCGAAAAGAAUGCUGAAAUCACAAUUAGGCAUGAGCCACACGAUUUGUUAUUGUCACCUAAUCCCAAUUCCCCAGUGAUACCGGUGACUUGUGCAUGUAAUAAUACAAGGGAAUGUCAAUUUACAUCGACAAUUCAAUUUAAUAGAAGAGGUAGUAAUGGGGCUGUGGUUGUAGAGAAUGCAGACGGUAGAGAAAGAAGACGACGAGGUAGACGAAACACAAUAUGCGAGGAUAGUGAUUCGGUACCUACAGUUUCCAGUAUAAAUGUUACAACAUCAUCAACGACCCAAGUGCCGACGGCAUUACCUGUAACAGCACCGCCUAAAAAAACUGUACCAACUAGUAGUACUAGUAGUACGGUUACACGUCAACUACCUAAAGAAGAAACUACAGUAACAACGCAACAACAUCAACAACAACAACAACAACAACAACAAUCGCUACCCCAACCAUCCCAAACGUCUCCUGCUUUACCCCAGCCUACUGUGCAAGAGAUGAAAAAGGAUAAGAAGAAGAUGACAAGGGAGGAAAGAAAAAUGGAAGCCAUUAUGAAAGCUUUUGAGAGACUUGAAAAGGCAGAACAAAGAAAGCAAGAGGUUCAAGCUAGGAAUGCGCAAAGAAAGGAAUCGGGUGGUACGCACAGCGAUAACGAGGACACUCAUAAUUCUGUCGUAUUACAAUCUAAAACUAAACAACAAAAUUCUGAAAGAACGUUACGACGAAAAAAGAGGAAGGGCCGUGCAAGGACUUCCUCGCAAUCUCAAAGUACUAGAAGGACACGAUUAAAUUCCGCAGAUUCGGAUGUGUCGUCGGGCGACGAGAGUAAUUCCAUGCAAUCUCCUCCGCUUGCUACACAAAAUCGUUCGUCAAGCGGUGACGCAUCAUAUUCUGCACAUUUAAAUACACCAGCCAAAAAUGGAAACGAUGGCUUUACUACUACUACUACUACUACAGGAGCAGGAGCAGGAGGAGGAGGAGGAGGAGGAGGAGGACAAGGACAAGGACAAGGACAUCAAGGAAUACAGACGGCAGCUGGUCUGUUACUAGCGUUAGCUAAUUCAAAUACACCUGGUCCAAGUUCUCCACCUUUACAGCAACCAACACCUGUUAAAAGUCCUACAUGUGAUAGCGGUGCCAGCAGUAGUUCUCAAAGUUCAACUCCGUCCACACCGUUAUCUUCAGCAUGUUUACUUGUUGCAGCAGCAGUUGGACCCUUAGCUCCUGGUUUUAAAUUUCCAAAAACUAAAAAAGUUUUGAUGAAUGAAUGGUUGAAGGAAUCACCAGACCCACCUCAAACUAAUAUACCUCAAGCCACGCCAAUAACUUCUAUAUCAUCUACUACUACUUCUUUGCAAAACUCUGUCGUCAAUCAUCCUCUCUGUAGGUCGUCAGAGUUUUCAUUACCCAAUGAUCCAUCCGCUGAAUUUUUAACUCAAAGUUAUGCGGCCAAAAGUCUAGCCACACUUGUUCAAGCUGCUAAUUCUGUUUCCGGUAUAUGCGAUUCUCCACCACAACGAAAACAAAUGAUUACAGGAAGCAAUGCUUGUCCUGUUUCAACUGGAUCUGCAAAAAAGAGAUGGUUGAGGCAAGCUAUUUCGGAAGAAUGUGAAUCGCCAAACAGUCGGCCUGAAAGUCCUCCCCCUAGCGAGAGGGUGGCACCACCUAAAAAAAGAAGAAUAGCUAGGGAAAGUUUAUCUUCUGAUAAUUAUACACCGCCAACAACACCAACGAUGUUAAUUCCAGAAGUUGUUUCAACUAAUAAAUUAUGCAACAACGAAGAAUAUCAUUUUAUUGAACAACCUCAAUCUCCAACGAUGGAACACAAUGGCGACCAAAACGAUGAAUCUGAAUGUUUAGAUGAAAAAAAUGUAACAAACAGUAUCAAAAAAUCGGAUGAAAUGACGUGUAAUUAUUCGAACAAUCAUCACAGUACUGAAGUAAAUGAAAUACAAGAAUUUAUCAAAAUCGAAUCAAAAGAAUCUCUAAAACAAGAUGGUAUUUUGAUAAAGGAAGAAUCCUAUUUAAAUAAUGAGAUAUUUGAUGCCAAUGUUAAUACAAAAGUAGAACCUCAUUUGACUCCUUCGGAGUUGAUUAAAAGUGAAAACAAAAUUGCUGCUACACGUGAGACAACGACGACGACGACGACGACGACGACGAUGAUGACGAUGAAUGAUUUUCAAGUGCAACAAAAUGCGCUGAUAAAAAAUGAAGAUAUCAAAGAAGAAGAAAUAAUUGAGAAGGGAACGGUCGAAAUAGUUGAUCAAAACGAACCCGACACAGAAAUGGAAGAUUUUAAUUCGCCUAAUGUCGCCAUGGAAUCCGACGCAAUUUUGAAACAACGCGUAGCUGAAAUGAGAUUAGAAUUUGGUGGUAGUAUAGCAGACAUUGUGAACAUUUCUAACGAACAACGUGAAAAAUCUACUGACGAGGAUGACAAACAGAUGGAAAUUAGUAAAGAUUCGGAAAUAAGAUCGGAGGAUAACAACUCGAUCGACGAAUUUGACGUAGAAGCACAAAUGAAAAGAAUAACCGGAGACGAUGGUAACGAUUACAAAGAAAAAGUGGACACUAGCUCGGAAAAAGAUAAAAGUAUGGAUGGCAUAGAAGGAUUAAUGGAAAGUUCCAAAGAAGAUUCCGAAUCUGAAGAUAACAGGGACAUGGAUGACGGCCAUGAUUAUUGCGAACCAUUUAAAUUAUUCGCUUCUUCAUCUAACGAUGACAAUUUUUCAGAAUACAAAACUAAAUCUUCUUCCGAAUUAACAAAUCUUAAUGUGGAAGAAGUUAAAGUCAAUGUUAAACCUAAUAAUAAUAAUGAAUCUCAAAAAAUGGAACAACAGCAGGCAUCAUCCUCUUUCGUUAUAUCCGAAGAAUCUAUUUUUGAAUCAACUUCUUCCAAUAUGGAUACAGAAUCUGUUAUCGAACAACCACCUCCUUUCCAAUCGAUACCACCGUUGAGUGAAAGAAUUCGUAAGAAAACUGAUGCCCCUAGUAACACGAAAAGUCAAUUAAAUUUCGAAGCAGCCAUCAUUGAAUCUACGAUUGAUAUGGAAUCCGAGGAAGUAUGUAAAAAUGGUGAAGAUAAAUCAAUGCUGUUGUCGACAGUUUUGCGAGAAUUGUUAGAGGCUAAACUUGAAGAUGAAUUAUCUAACGAAUCUACGAAUAAAGUUGACAAUGAGGAUACUGCCACAUCUUACAAAGAUAUACAUAGAUCACUUUCACCUGAAAAUACAGGAGAAGUUAAAGAUUCCUCAAUGAAAUGUAAAAACAAUAAAGAAACUCAUUUGGAUGAAGUUUCGGUUAAACAAAAUGACAUUCAACCAACAAAAGAAAUAAAAAGAUUGAAAGAUCCUAGAACAGUUGUACCAAAUAAUAUGAUAGCACCUUCCAUGAAUGCUCCUCAGCCAGCCAAGCGCAAGGUUAGAACGUUAUCGAUAUCUGAAUACCGAAAACGCAAACAACAAUCGACUGGUACACCCCCAGAUCCGGAACCGUCUAAUGAUUCAACGAUAGAAAAGGAUAAAGCAAGAGGUAGAUCAGAUAGUGCAAGCAGUGGGACUUCAUCUCUUAGUUCAGACGAAGAAGGUUCUAAAAUUUCCCUUGAUUUACCAGGGAUUACUGCAUUACCACUUUUCACUAAUGCUGAAAAUGAUGAAAAGAAAGGUAGUGAAGAAGGUACUAUUGGUUGGUCGGCAGCACCAACAUUGGUUGAACGUCAAAGAGAAAAUUUAACGGAAAGAUUAAAGCGUGAAUUUGGCUUAUUUCUUAGCGACGACGAAGAAGAAAGAGCUCGCAAACAUGGUUUGACUGCAGAAGCUAUUUUGAAAGCUCGUAGAACGUCACCGCCAUUUUCUUUGAUUCCAGCUACAAAUCCUGCGUUUCCUUUACCACAGUUACCACCUCAGCCAUAUAUACCACCACCAGGAUCUUCAGCAAUACAUUAUCCACAAUACCAAGCUAAUAAAUCAUCCUCCUGUCCUGUUGUUCAGUAUUCCAAUUUUAGUGCACCACAAGCAACAUUACAAACGGUAUAUCCAAAUGUAACAAGUCAAGGAACUACUGUCAACAAACCAGUACAAUUUUUGGUACCUCAAGCAGCAUCACAAGCUCCACCAGGUUCUAAUCCAUAUCCUCCGCAAUUUAUUCCAACGACGAUUCCAACAACAGUGCCAAUUACGAAAUUUUCUUCUUCGGCGACUUCAACGUCCGGCGGGACUACUACUCCACACGUAUUUUCAACAUCAGGUCAAACGCAGAAACCUUUUUUCAAUCAUCCUGCACCAAGGUCGUAACUGGUAUUAACGGUAGUACUAUUUUUUUUUUUUUUUUUGUAGUUAAAGUACGAUUGAUAAAAUUAUCACAAUUGCUCUCUCUCUCUCUCUCUCUCUCUCUCUUUUUCUUUCUUUCUUUUUCUUUUUCUGUCGACAAAUGGCGAACAGUGUGAUGCAAUUAAGAUACAAAUAAUUUACAGCUAUUAAUCGAUUGUUGUUGACAAAAUAUGAAUAGAGGGGAACGUAUAUAUACGUCCUUCGUAGUGGAAACGUUUAAAAGUAAUUAUAAACAUCACAAUUGGAAUAUACUCGUAAAAGUCACACAAUUUCUUCUAAAUAUUAUUUAUUUUAAAUAAAUUUGUAUUCACAUAUAUAUAUAUAUAUAUAUAUAUAUAUAUAUAUAUAUAUGUGUAUAUAUGUGUGUACAAUAUAUGUAUAAACGCACAUGCGUAUUUAGUAGCAUAAUAAUGAAUGCUACAAAUCACAUUGUAUUAUACGUAGAAAUUGAAGAAAAAAAAAUAUAUAAUAAUAAUAAUAAUUAUCAUUAAUUAGUAAUGACAAGAUGUAAGAUGUACGAAAACAUCAUCUGAAGUUAAGAAAUAUGAGACUUGUUAAACGUUAGGUACUAUUAUAUAUAUAUAUAUAUACGCUUUUAGAAUUUUCAUGCGCAGACACAAAAAACAAACUAUACUUGGCAUAGAAAUUGGUUGUUUUUUUUUAAUUUUUUUUUUUUUUUUUUGAAAAUAACUCAACAACAGGUUUCUUAUAAAUGGCCUAAUGGCAAUAGUUGAAAUAUUUUCGAGAAAUAGUCGUACGCAUUUUUAGAUAGGUAUAUGUUUGAAAACCUGUUGAUACAAAAUAUAUAUUUAGCAUCAUCAAAAGCAACAAAAAAAAAAAAACAAAACAAAACAAAAUAAAAAGGAAAAAAAAAUAGAAGAAGAAGAAGAAGAAGAAGAAGAAAAGAAAGAAAAGAAAGAAAAGUGUAUUCCAAAAAUGUGUGUAUGCACUUUUGAUAUCACCAAAAUGGUGCGCCGUAUAAGAGUCAAGUGUUUAUACAUUAAUAAUAACAUUAAUCCAAUUUUGAUAAUAUUUAAAAGAAAAAGAAAAAGAA